AUAAGCUAUAUUACGACGAUGAAGGUUAAAGUAAUUCUCAGUGCGUUGCUGUUGGUCUGCUGCUCGACAGGACUCGUCAAGGCGAACUCAAUCACCAGCUGCUACAGUUGCUAUGGCAUCAACUGCCAGAGGACUUCGCUGAACCAGGAGCAGAAGUGUUCGGACUCUCUGGAUUACUGUGUGACCAUCUACGAUGAAUCUAAGGUUGUCUACAAGGGCUGUUCCCUGGAGAUUCCCGUCCAGCUGCGUCAGCGCUGUGAGUCACGACCCAAUGGCUCCUGCUUCAAGUGCAACUCGGAUCGAUGCAACAAUGUGGGAUCCGCUCACUUCUCCUGCGUGCAGUGCGACUCCAGUAAGGACUCGAAUUGUGCUGACAACGCAGUUACUUUAAAUCCAACCGUUUGUGUAGCUCCAACUGCACCCAAUUCGUAUUGCUAUGUUAAAUCCUCGGGAACGAGCAGCAGCAUUAUCCGGGGUUGUGCCACAACUAUGACGGAUCAGAAGAACUGUCUGGAGGAUGCCAACUGCCUAUUAUGUUCACCUGGAGACAUUCGGGGCUGCAAUAGUGUGAAUAUUGCAAGUGAUUCGAAUGUUGGCAAUCGCUUCAUUCGCUUUUUACGAUAGUUUUAAGAUUCUAAUAUGUUCUUAUAUGUACCAUGUUUAUUAUAAAGAAUACGAAAAUUAAAGAACAUUAAAGCCCCAUCAA